AUGGAGAACGAAACACCCCUCUCGAGUCCCAACGCUGGACAAACUAUGCAGAAGACAUCCUCCUCACCCUCCACAGAUAGAAGAAAGUCCGGCCGUGUGACGCGAAAACCGGAGUUAUUCUCACAGACUUACGGCGAGAUUACCGGACGGACGAAGCGCAAACGGCCCGCUGCAGGCGACGGGGAUGAUGGAGACGCAGAAGAAGAAGAAGACGGAGAUGCGGAGCAGGAAGAUGUGUCCAGUUCCGAUGAAGAUGAUGCGAGUGACGAUGAUCCAGAUGAGGAGGAACUACGAGAGAGGAAACGUGCUGCGCGGAAAGCAUUGAUUAAACAGAAGAAGUCAACUGCAGGGAAGGGCACUGCUCGUGCCACGAAGAAACCGAAAGUAGCCACAAAUGGUAUUGGUAACCAGGAGCUCGCUCUGCGACCAGCUACGAACGGGAAACGGAAAACGACUGUUUCGCGUCCCAGGAAACCGAAAGUGAGACCUAGUUUGGCUGCUGGUGAAAGUGGUCUAUACGCUGAGGUCUUCGGGAAAAGUGGUACGGUCGACGAUGUUGCUGCGCAGUGGCUUACGCGAUACCAACAAGACAAGAGCGAUGCAAUGCAUGAAAUGGUCAAUUUCAUACUAAGAUGUACCGGAACGGAUCUUACGGUGGAUACUGACCAGGUUAACGAUGUCGACAACGUGCCCGACCGUAUCAGCGAUCUACAAGAACUCUACAACGAACGGGGUAUCUCUGAGUACCCACUCAUCUCCAAAUCCCGAACAUUCAAGGCCUUUCAGCCGGUGCUGGAGGACUUCUUUUCGUCGUUGAUACAGACCUUUCAUCAUUCCUCGGUCUUGUACAACGAUAAAGACCUGUUCGAAAAUAUCUUAAUCUGGGUGUCUUCUAUGUCUACAGCGCAAUGCCGCCCAUUCAGACACACUGCUACUCUCAUCUCUUUGAUCAUCAUGACAGCCCUCUGUGAUGUCGCACGAGAAGUGACCACCACCGUUUCUACUUCCAGAAAGCAGCUCGAAAGUGAAAAGAAGAAGAAAACAAUCAACAAAGGCAGGACAGAUGCUAUCCAGAAGACAAUCCAGGAAGGCGAGAAGAAAUUAGAGGCUAUUGACGAGUUCCUCAAGGACGGCUUUGAUACCGUGUUCGUCCAUCGCUAUCGGGAUAUCGAUCCUAAAAUUCGCUCUGAGUGUAUAGCAUCCUUAGGGCAGUGGCUUCGCAGCUACAGAGAAUAUUUUUUUGAGGGACAGUAUCUCCGCUAUUUCGGCUGGACCUUGUCAGAUCGCUCGGCACACACACGCUUGGUGGUUGUUACGCAGCUCAGAAGCCUAUACGAAAAUAAGGAUAACAUCGUAGGCCUGCGGUCACUUACAGAGCGCUUCCGCCAGAGAAUGGUGGAGAUGGCUGCUCAGGACGCAGAUCCCACAGUACGCGUGUCAGCGGUGGAGCUGCUUGACUUUAUUCGAGAUGCGGGAUUGCUCGAGCCCGAAGAUAUUGACACUAUCGGCAAGCUCGUGUUCGACUCCGAGCCUUCAAUCCGGAAAGCCGCCGGCCGCUUUUUUGUCGCUAAUGUGCAGGACGUAUUCGACUCCAUAACAGAAGAAGUUGGAGAGGAGAUCAAUGAACUGUUUGCGGAUGAGGAUGAGGACGAUUUCGAAUCGCCGAAACGUUCGUGGAUCAAAUUCAAGUGUCUGGCCGAUAUACUCCACGCGUAUGAUGAGCAGGAGAACAAGUCCAAGCCAGAACAGCUGCUGGUCGCACAACGGGAGGCACUUUCAGGCGCUCCGGUAGUUUCGCGUUUUGUGCUUGCUACUGAGGCUAUCUAUCCGUAUAUUGAGGAGCUGUCUCAGUGGCAGUCACUAGCUGGGUAUCUUCUUUACGAUCAUUCACAGAUAGCCGAUUCACCCAGCGAGGAAGACACGGCGGGCGCGGUACGUAAACUGUACAAAAUGGAGGAAGGUCAAGAAGUGAUACUUCUCGAAGUACUAUGCUGCGCGGUGAAACUCCGGAUCCUCGAUGUCUCCAAGUCCGAUAUCGACAAAAGAGGCCGAAAGGUCAAAGCAUUGACCAACAAGAUCCCUGAGUUGCAAGAAGAAAUCGCCCAUGGUCUCACUCAAAUUAUUCCGCGACUAUUGAAGAAGUUUGGCGCUGUUCCAGAGGCUGCUUCUGCGGUGCUACGUCUCGAGCACCUUGUUGACCUAGAUAAGAUACAGGACCUGCAGAAGGACGCUGCCGCAUAUUCUUCUUUGCUGAAUGACAUUAAUAAACAGUUCCUGACACAUUCCCAUCAGGAUGUUCUGACAGAGGCGAGCGUUGCAUUCGUCCAUGCGAAGACCUCUGAUGAAUUGAAGGAAGCUCUAGAGACCAGGACCCAGGAACUAUGGGACGACAUGGUAGAUGCAUUAAGUGCACUGUCGCAGGAGAAAGACGUUCAGAACGGAGAAUCUCUCUCUGCCACCACCCUCAACGCCUUCACUAACACCGUGACAAGGAUCUCCAAUCUAGCCAGCGUAACAGAUUGCACCAAUGUGCUGGAAACUGCACCCUCACCUAGGUCAAAAGGCAAGAAUGGCAAGCUUGAUGCUCCUUUCAACGUUCUCAUCCACCUCUCCAAUCGCGGUCUACUCAAAGCAGAUGAUGAAGAGACGGCAAAAGUCGAGAGUGAGCUGGUAACUAGCAGUAUCCGAACAUUAUUGUUCUAUUUCAUGUGGAAAAUCCAGGGCCUAACGGCAGCCUUCAAUGCGGGGAAGUCAUCGUUCGAUACGGCGUAUUUCGAAUCCCUCUCGAAGAACCGCAAGACCUUCGUUGAGACGCUUGUAACUAUCAUGGGCCACCGUUCAGGCCUGGAUGACAUUCGUUUCGCGGCGACAACUACUCUACUCGACGUACAGACCCUUUUUGGUACUCUUCGCCACGCUGGUCAAGCAGCGAGCAACAAUGAAGAAGUCCUUGCACAGAUGCGAAAUCUAAUCCAGGAGAUCAGCCCCGAGGACAGGACUCUAAUUUCAAAAAUCCAUAGCAUCGCCGAACGGACAUAUGCCAGGAAACUAGGACGGAGCUUGGAAACAGCAGAUGACGACGAUCUUAACUCAGAGCCUGAGGUCGAGGACGAGCCUUUAGAGGAUGAAGAUGAGUCUGAGGAAUCUGAAGCGGAUGAAGAAGAGGCGAGGGAGAAAUCCACGUCUGCCGAGCGCCUUCGCGGGACAUUACUCGCUGAGCAGCGAUUAUGUGAAUUGACCGGUAAAAUCGUCUUAGCAAUUAUUGGACGCAUCAUCGACACAUCAAACUCGCAACAGAAAGGAAGCCUUAAGCAGAGACUCCUCAGGAACAAAUCUCGUCUCGGCCACAACUACAAAGAAGUCCUGUCUUUCUUGGAUGGACGGAAAGUUCCCGGGGCUGGUGCAGGGAAGACUGCUAGGUCUAAGAAACAAACCGGUGGUGAAGCGAAGAAGGCUUCUUCUACCAAUAAUGACAAGCAUAAGUCAGCAGAGAGGGUAGACGAGGAUGAUGGCGAAGAAGACGACGAGGAGGAUUUACGAGCUAGAGAACUUGUGGAGGACGAGGAAUUGAAUCCGCCUGAUCCUGAAGAGAACGGCAAUGACCAUGCAGAAGAUGAGGACGAGGUUAUGGGCGAUUGAUUAGUUAGUUUUCUUCAUUGUCAUAUUAUUUUUUCCUGAUACCGUUCUAUAUUUGUCGAAUGUUGACUGCAAUUUCCUUUUUUCUAGCUUUGGCUGCGUUAAGAGUGUGGUUCUCUUCUCUUGCUUUGCCUUUUUUUUUUUUUUUUUUUUUUUUUUUUCUUCU